GUCAGCAGAGGCGCAUAUUCUUCAACAAGGCCCGCAACUGCACCGACCCCUUCCCGCUGAACCUCUCUCCUCGACCUGAGCCUUGCGACUGCACGCCAGAGGACUAUGAGCGCAAGUACGUCAAGGCAGACAAUGGCUCCUGCACCCUCUCCUUCCAGCCAACCAACUGCGAGGGAGGGGAUUCCACUUGGGAGAUUCCUGCUGACCCUCUCUUCUGUGAGCUAGCCCCGGUGCCAUGUGGGGAGGGCAACAUCCGCACCAUCCAUGGCAAGUGCGACUACAUCAGAGACCCCGCAUCCAACCAGCCCCUCAGCAAGGAGAAGACCAUCCAGGUGAUCUAUUACUUUGACAGCGGUUGCAACCCCACAGCACACGGCUCUCUCCCGCUACCCUCGCCUGGAUACAUCCCCUGCG